AUGGCAGAGAAGGACUACUUUAGCUUCAAACAGGGCUAUACCCUGGAGGAUCGUGGUGCACCGUCGGGGCGACACAAAGCACGGACUCGACUGCGGUCUGGAGGCCCUGGAACGGGCCCCUCAAGGUCAUUUUCGCCUUCUCGUCAGGGCCCGCGCUCACCUGGAUAUUAUACGGCUAACUCGCUUCGUAGCCCACCAGCUGCGGCGGGUAGCUCGCCCCUAAGUACUAUGAAGCUUAGCGCUUCUGCCAAACACACAAUGGGAACAGCGAUGGCAAAUGCGAUGGGCAGCUCAAUGGGCAUGGCAGGUCCACCCGGCGGGCGCAAAAGUCGUAAUCCAUCGGUCUCUGGUCCCAGCUCAAAUACUGCUGGCGGUGGCGGAGGCAGUAUGAGUGCAAGCUCGAGCAUGAGCGUUACCUCACCGGGUCGCCAACACAGAGCAAACUCUCUCUCUCUCAGCAGCACUCGUAUGUCGUCAACACAGAGCGCAGAAUCUAGCGCCAGUGUGACACCUACACUUGUCCUACCGCCAAACUUGGCUUCCCUCAACUCGCAAAGCACUUCGAACAUGAGUUUACAAGGAGGGGCAGGGCACAGCACGUCGAGCAGCUCAACAUCUCUGAAGCCGAUGCAAAAACAGUAUGUGCUCAACGAAGAGCUGUACCUCAACCGUAUGAAGAACAGUAACCUCGAUGACUACUAUACGCGGGGCAUUGCGGCGUCUGCAAAUGAUGAAGAGGACGAGACAGACACGGAUGCGGAAGACACGGAUGCUGACGAGUCAGCAUUUGGUACCAACUUCUUCACCACUACGGAGAAGGGCGGUGCGUUAAAGUUUGAUGACGAACUUAUCACCAUUAGCCCAAAGUUUCUGCUUGCCCGGAUGGAUUGGCUGAGAAAUGCAGACCCAGACAGCCCAGACGUUAAAGGCUUACUAGGACCUCAACAGCGCCUUCCUUCUGGUCCCAGCGCGGGAAGAACGUUGUUUGCAGCUGCCGCACCCCCAACUGCUGAAGGAAACAGCUAUGGUUAUUUACAAAGGUUGGCUAAGAAUUCUCACGUUUUAGAACGGCUUGAGUGGCAGGCAAUGUUGGCUAACGUUCUGAAAGGUGACAUAGUGAAAAGCGAAAAGAGUAAGAUUGCGUACCAAGGCGGUAGCCUUAACACAAGCAGCCAAUAUGCAGACGAGCUGUGGCUCGAAUUAAAAGCUUGGAUGAAUUGCAGGACAAUUGAGGAAGAAAAGACGACUCUUGAAUACCUCAGGAAUUCUACAGACUCUGUUUUCCAGGAGAUUAUGGACAUGAAUUUUGCGGAUGAUGUCCCCGUCGAAACGGCCGUGAAUACGAUAAAACCUUUAAUUGAUAGAUAUCAUCAAGUCACGUCGUACUGGAGAACGGAGCAACACAUGCACUACGAUAAGCCUGUCACCGGCCGUGAAGAAUUUAUUCAUCGAGUUGCGGCUAUGAACACUUUUUUGACUUUGAAGCAAGCUUUCGAAUGCGAGAUUGAGGCGCUAAAAAAAUGGACAGGUAAUGACUCUCUAGAUGUCAAAUUCACAAACACGUUCUAUGACAUUGAAGGCGUCUACAAAAAUGACCGUCCCUUUGCUGAACAAAUACUGAAAGAGAGGGAUAUUGAAAGCAUAUUUCAAAAAAAGCUCUUUUAUAGGCACGCGCCGUGGAUUCUUAAAGCCAAAGUAUCGAUUUUCACACUCUCGCAAACUGUGAAAGAAAUGAAUCUGCCGCUUCUUCACAAUGAGCUUGAAAUCCUUCUUAUGUUCCCCUUCAAGUUAGUCAAAGAGAUUAUUCUCAUCCGCAUAGAAUACGCGAAGAAGCUUCAGAACCCAACUAUGAUGAUGAUUGAUCAGAUGAUAGACGAUUUCAGUUCUUACAUCCGUCUCUCAGUCCAAAUAAAGCACACUGUCAUCGUUUACUGUUCCGAUUGGGAGUUUACUACAAAGAUAGACGCCGAUUUUGAUGAUGCCGUCAAUGAAGCCAUCGUAUAUCUAUUCAAGCUGCUUCACCUGAAGCUAAUCGACAGCGCUAGGAAAUCCUUCAAGACGUUUAGAGAACCAGAAGAGCUUUUGAAAUACUGGGAUCAGCUUAAAAACGUUGGCUGUUUCAUUCCCGGUGCUGGGCACGUUGUCGCGGAGGGAUUUUCACACUUAACCCUAAGGCUAUUGAAUAGACUUCAUUCUUACAUUCUGCGAGAGCAGAACCAUCCCCCUGCUUUUGAGAAAGAAUCUGACGUGGAAAAGUGGCUAGUUCAAGCCAUGGAGAAUUGUGGAACGGUCAAACGAAAAAUCAACAGGUUUUCAAAUGUUCUCACUAAGGCAUUUCAGAACUCUGUAAAUUAUAGAGUGAAUGACAACAAGGAGCUUCUGAAGCGCCUUAAAGAAAGCGGCCAUUUUCUAGUCUAUACAGGCGGUGAACUUGAAGGCAAUGGCGUGUACCUUUUUUGUAGCAGUGAGUUACUGGGGUGUUCUGAUGACGAGAUUUUAAAGAUACUACACAAUGUUGAGAUUGGAUCUGAUCUUAUCCCAAAUGUUGAAAUCAAUAAUAGCUUGAGUGUCUACAAUGCGCUAGAAAGCGGCUGGGAUCAAAAUGCUACGCUGUUCCAAGAGUAUUGUGCCAAUGGCGUCGCAUACUAUCAUGUCCAGUCCGAGCAACAAAAUAAAUCGUCAGGCGGAAGAGUGCGGCGCGCUGCUGCUGCACAUGCUAAUCCUUUUGAAGACUUCAAAAGUGAAGAAGACGAACUAUUUGAGUUAGAGAUGAAGCUGAAAUCGCUUGGGUAUAUCAUUGCUUAUUGCCCCAAAGAGCCUAUCUUGUGGGAAGGGGAAAUGCUGAACCUGUCGGAGGAUAAAGUGCUAACCAUGCAAGAUUUCGAUAUCAAGCUUCCAGCAGACUCAUUAGUCCUUCUGAAUCAGGGUUCUACUUACGCGAUGGAAUACCAAUCUGACAAGUUCCAGCAUUAUGUUGGAGAAUCAGUCUCCUUUAGUGAAAGACGGUGUUCCAUGAAUGCAAUAGAAUAUACACUGCAAAAGAUAAACCGGGCAUACUUUCGCAUCACGUACUCAGUCCUGGCAAACAUGCAGAAGGUUACAAAUGCAAUACAGAAGGAAUUCAGAGGCAAUGAGACUCUCAACAACCUCUUUCUGUUCUGUAGAGAUUUUGCGCGUAACUUUUUAAGACUUAAUGUGGCAACUUACGAGAAAAAGUCCAUAAUUAUCAUGCUUCUGAUGAGAAUUAGCAUUAAUUGGAUAAAAUUUCUGGUUGAUGACUGUGACCCGACCGACCUGCAUACAUUCAGGUGGUGCGUUCCCGCAAUGGAGUUCGCCAUGCAAAUGACCACAGGAUGGAAUAUUCUAGGUCUUGAUGAGGACCAAUUUAGCGUUCUCCAGGAAAAGAUAUCUGGCUGUAUGUCUCUGCUAAUUUCUCAUUUUGAUAUUAUGGGAGCUAGAACCCUUGAGGCCGAGAAAAACAACCAUCCCCAAGUGAGAUCUUAUAUCGGGACUUGCGAGGAUGACACCGAUUCGAUCCUUGCUGUUAAUUCCAAGGUUAGAGUAGAGGCAAUCAAUGAGUUGGAGAAGAGGCUGAAGGGGAAUCCCCGCCAUAUCGGGAAGGUGUUGGAUGAGUCAGACAAAGACAAUCAGUACUUGCAGUCUUUAGCGUCUUCGCUCUCGAAUGUUUCGAUCAGAUGGCAAAAGCGCCACUUCAUUGGCGGUGGUGCGUUUGGCACAGUAUUUUCCGCAGUAAACCUAGAUACCGGUGAGAUUUUGGCCGUCAAGGAAAUCAAAAUACAGGACAGAAACACAAUGAAGCAGGUUUUCCCCGCCAUAAAGGAGGAAAUGAGCGUGCUAGAAAUGUUAAAUCAUCCAAAUGUGGUACAGUAUUACGGUGUCGAGGUUCAUCGUGACAAGGUGAAUCUCUUUAUGGAAUACUGUGAGGGCGGGUCUUUGGCACAGCUUCUAGAGCAUGGCAGAAUCGAGGACGAAAUGGUUACCCAAGUCUACGCGCUGCAGAUGCUCGAGGGUCUUGCAUAUCUUCACCAGUCAAGCGUUGUGCAUCGCGAUAUUAAACCGGAGAACAUUCUCUUGGAUUUCAAUGGCGUAAUCAAAUACGUUGAUUUUGGCGCUGCUCGCUCUUUGGCUGCUAACGGCACCAAGGUUGCUAACAAUGGAUCCGAAGGCAAGACUGAUGGUGUCAACAGCAUGAUGGGUACGCCGAUGUACAUGUCUCCAGAGUCCGUCACUGGUGCAAAGAAGGGCAAAUUCGGGUCUUCGGAUAUAUGGUCGCUUGGAUGCGUUAUUCUAGAAAUGGCUACCGGGAGACGCCCAUGGUUCAACUUAGAUAACGAGUGGGCCAUUAUGUACCAUGUGGCCGCUGGUCAUGUACCUCAGCUGCCUUCGCGAGACGAGAUUUCACCGCAAGGAACGGACUUCCUACUCAAAUGUCUGAAGCAGGAUCCAGACAAGCGUGCUACCGCAAUGGAAUUGCUAGUGCAUCCGUGGAUGAUCGAAAUUCGCAAGUUAGCCUUCGGGGACGGCGAGGAAGCGGAAAGCAGCCAGGCCUAA